GAGUCAUCAUUGAUGACAAUGAAUUAAUGAUAAAUAAUAUGAAUGGUCUUUUGUGAUGCAGGAAUAUGUAGCUAUUCUCACCAAGAAUCUUCAUUGAAGUUAUUUUAAGAGCGUUUGUCUGGUUCUAUCAGAAAGUUAAGAAGAAAAAACUUUGUUUGUAAUAAUGGAGAAGAAAGUUGAGAUCCUAUCAAGAGAAAUAAUCAAACCGUCUUCUCCAACUCCAAAUGAUAAGAGAAUUCUCAAUCUCUCUCUUCUUGAUGUACUCAGCUCACCGAUGUACACAGGAGCACUUCUCUUUUACGCAGCGGAUCCUCAAAACCUUUUAGGUUUUGAAUCAGAGGAGACAUCCUUGAAGCUCAAGAAAUCUCUGUCUGAAACUUUACCAAUCUUCUACCCUCUUGCCGGAAGAAUCAUAGGAAGUUUCGUCGAAUGUAAUGAUGAAGGAGCUGUGUUUAUAGAAGCUCGAGUUGACCAUCUUCUCUCGGAGUUUCUCAAGUGCCCUGUUCCUGAAUCAUUGGAACUACUCAUUCCUGUUGAAGCCAAGUCAAGAGAGGCAGUGACAUGGCCUGUCUUGCUAAUCCAAGCCAGUUUCUUCAGCUGCGGAGGAUUAGUUAUCACAAUUUGCAUUUCUCAUAAGAUCACUGAUGCAACCUCUUUAGCCAUGUUCAUCAGAGGAUGGUCUGAGUCCUCAAGAGGUUUGGGGAUUACUUUGAUUCCUAGUUUCACUGCUGCGGAGUUCUUUCCUCUACCUAUUGAUGAGCUUCCCUCAAAACCGAUGGAUCGCAAAGUCGAGGUUGAAGAGAUGAGUUGUGUGACAAAGAGGUUUGUGUUUGAUGCUUCAAAAAUCAAGAAACUCAGAGCCGAAGUUUCAAGCAACCUUGUCAAGAAUCCUACCCGUGUUGAAGCCGUCACAGCUCUGUAUUGGAGAUGCGUUACUAAGGCUUCAAGAUCGAGUUCUCCAACACCAAGAACUUCGGUGCUGCAGAUACUAGUGAGCCUACGAGGAAAGGUAGAUUCUUUGUGUGAAAACACAAUUGGGAAUAUGCUUUCCCUCAUAAUUCUCAAGAACGAAGAAGCUAAGAUAGAUAGAAUUCAAGAUGUGGUUGAUGAGCUAAGACGGGCAAAGGAAAUCUUCAGCUUGAAUUGCAAGGAGAAGUCGAAAUCCUCGUCGAGAAUUUUUGAGCUUUUGGAAGAGAUUAGGAAAGUACAUGGAAGAGAAACUGAGGUGGACUUGUGGAUGAGUAAUAGCUGGUGUAAGCUCGGCAUGUACGAGGCCGAUUUCGGAUGGGGAAAGCCGGUUUGGGUGACCGGAAGAGGCACUUCCAAUUUCAAGAACUUGAUGUUGUUGAUUGAUACCAAAGAUGGAGAAGGAAUUGAAGCUUGGAUCACUCUUACAGAAGAACACAUGUCGCUGUUCGAAUGUGAUCAAGAACUUCUUGAAUCAGCUUCCCUGAAUCCCCCUGUUUUAAUCUAGACAAGAACAAAAAUCAUUGCAUACU